ACCAACCCCAGGAAGCCGUGUUCAGCGGUGACCAUGUUGAACAGGCGGAGGAUGGAGAAUGGCAGCGCUCUACUUCAACUACCUCAUCUCAGAGUGAGCGGGCAGAGCGACUCUUGCAGAACCAGCACAAGAGCCUGGCCUCUGAGGACACCAAAAAGAAGAGGGCUCAGAAACCGUCUCACAUGCGGAGGAACAUAAGAAAGCUGUUGCGUGAGGACCAACUGGAAGCCGUGACAAAAGCAGCCCAGCAGGAAGAGUUGGAGAGAAGGAAACGGCUAGAGCAGCAGCGGAGCACUAUCCCAACCGUACCCCUAGAUUUUCUUCCUGAGGACAUCGUUUUCAGAACAGCAGAGGCUACCCAGCUCCCCCCUCAGGUUCUGGCUGAGGAAGUGAUCUGCCUGGACAGUACCAGCAGUGGCAGUGAAGAUGAUGCUAAAGGAAAAAAUAGCAUUAAAGAUGAAGUGAUUGAGCUGAGUUCAGGAGAGGAUGAUGCCCUCCAAAUUGUGGACAGCAGUGACUCUAGUAAUGAAGGGGAGGAUGAUGGCAGUGAAGAGAGCAGUGGCUCUCAUGUGAAUGAUGCCUUAAAUCAGUCAGAUGCUCUGGGGCAAGUCAUUGUCAACAUCAAUCAUCCACCAAAUGAGGACGACAUUUUCCUGGCUCCCCAGCUUGCACACGCAGUAAAACCUCAUCAGAUUGGUGGGAUCCGAUUCCUGUAUGACAACUUGGUCGAGUCCUUGGAGAGAUUUAAAACCAGCAGUGGGUUUGGGUGUAUUUUAGCACAUAGCAUGGGCCUGGGCAAGACCAUACAGGUCAUCUCUUUCUUGGAUGUACUUUUUCGGCACACGGAGGCAAAGACUGUUCUUGCCAUUGUACCUGUGAAUACGCUCCAAAAUUGGCUAGCAGAAUUCAACAUGUGGCUCCCAGCACCUGAAAACCUUCCUGCUGAUUAUAACUCCAAAGAGAUCCAGCCCCGCACCUUCAAAGUCCACAUCCUGAAUGAUGAACACAAGACAACAGCUGCACGUGCAAAGGUGGUGAAUGACUGGGUGAUAGAGGGUGGUGUGCUGCUGAUGGGAUAUGAGAUGUACCGUCUCCUCUCACUGAAGAAGUCCUUUGCCACUGGCAGGAAGAAGAAAACAAAGAAACAAGCUGGCCCUGUCAUUAUUGACUUGGAUGAGGAAGACCGGCAGCAAGAGCUUCUUAAAGGGAUUGAGAAAGCUUUGUCUCGCCCUGGCCCAGAUGUGGUUAUUUGUGAUGAGGGACACCGGAUAAAGAACUGCCAUGCCAGCACUUCGCAGGCCCUGAAGAACAUCCGCUCCCGUCGGCGGGUGGUGCUGACUGGCUACCCGCUCCAGAACAACCUCAUUGAGUACUGGUGCAUGGUAGACUUUGUCCGACCUGACUUUCUAGGCUCACGGCAGGAAUUCAGCAACAUGUUUGAGCGCCCUAUCCUGAACGGGCAGUGUAUUGACAGCACCCCUCAAGAUGUCCGUCUCAUGAGGUAUCGCAGUCAUGUCCUGCAUAGCCUGCUGGAAGGCUUUGUGCAGCGGCGAGGCCACAAUGUCCUGAAGGUUCAGCUUCCAUCUAAGGAAGAACACGUCAUUUUGGUACGUCUUUCGAAGAUCCAGCGGGCCCUUUAUACGGAGUUCAUGAAUCGGUUUCGAGAUGCAGGCAACAGUGGCUGGCUGGGACUGAACCCACUCAAAGCUUUCUGUGUCUGUUGUAAGAUCUGGAACCAUCCGGAUGUGUUGUAUGAAGCUCUGCAAAAGGAAAAUCUAGCAAAUGAGCAGGAUUUGGAUGUGGAUGACCUUGGCACAGCAAGUACUAAUUCCCGCUGCCAGUCUCAGGGAAUUAAAGUGAAAACAGAGAGUAAUGCUUUGGCACCGCCAGUUGGAGAAGCUACCAACAGCAAGUUCCUCCAGAGCGUUGGCUUCAACCCUUUUCAGGAGAGAGCAAAUCAGGUCGUUACUUAUGAGUGGGCCAAAGACAUCUUGUGUGAUUACCAGACGGGAGUCUUGGAGAACUCACCCAAGAUGGUGUUACUGUUCCACCUAAUUGAGGAAAGUGUGAAGCUUGGAGACAAGAUCUUGGUCUUCAGCCAGAGCUUGUCCACCUUAUCUGUCAUUGAAGAGUUUUUGGCAAAGAGACCAAUGCCGAGUCCUCCAGGCUCAGAUGGAGGGGUUCACAACUGGGUCCGAAACAUCAACUAUCACAGACUGGAUGGCAGCACCUCUGCCUCAGAGAGGGAACGACUGAUUAACCAGUUCAACGACCCCAGCAACACCUCUGUUUGGCUCUUCCUUUUGUCCACGCGCGCUGGAUGUUUGGGUGUCAACCUCAUUGGAGCAAACAGAGUGGUGGUGUUUGAUGCUUCUUGGAACCCGUGCCAUGACGCCCAGGCCGUGUGCCGAGUGUACCGCUACGGGCAGAAGAAGCCAUGCCACAUUUACAGACUGGUUUCUGAUUACACCCUUGAGAAGAAGAUCUAUGACCGUCAGAUCUCUAAGCAGGGCAUGUCAGAUCGGGUGGUGGAUAAUCUGAACCCAGUGCUGAACUUCACCCGACGGGAGGUGGAGAACCUGCUGCAUUUUGUGGAAGAGGAAUCCGACCCUGCUCAGCUUUCCCUCAAUCCAAGCAAGAUGAAGGAGUCUGUUCUACAAUUAGCCUGUCUCAAGUAUCCUCACCUCAUCACCAAGGAGCCUUUUCAGCAUGAGUCACUGCUGAUCGACCGGAAGGAGCACAAGCUGACCAAGGCAGAGAAGAAAGCAGCCAAGAAGAGCUAUGAGGAGGAAAAGCGCGCAUCCGUCCCCUACACCCGGCCGUCCUACGCACAGUAUUACCCAGCCAGUGACCAGAGCCUGACGAGCAUCCCUGCCUUUAGCCAGAGGAACUGGCGACCAGCCCUCAAGGGUGAGGACAAGCCAGUGGCAAGCGUCCGCCCAGUUCAAUCCACCCCCAUUCCUAUGAUGCCCCGGCAUGUCCCCAUGGGCAAUGCAGGAUCAACCUCAAGUUCCAACCCCGCUGUCAACUUCCCCAUCAACUAUCUACAACGAGCUGGUGUCUUUGUGCAGAAGAUUGUCACCACCACAGAUAUUGUGAUUCCGGGUACAAACACAUCCACUGAUGUACAGGCAAGAAUCAGUGCUGGUGAGAGCAUCCACAUCAUCCGAGGGACGAAAGGGACGUAUAUCCGGACCAGCGAUGGACGGAUUUUUGCUAUCCGGACCACUGGGAAGCCGAAGGGCAAUGAAGACCGUCGGACAGCUGCCUCAGGCUCCCAGAGCUCAUCACUGGAGUCCACAAGCAACGGCAGACACAGUGCCUCAUCACCGCAGCUCCCCAGUGCGGAGGAGCUCACUCGGCCCAUAUCCCCCGACAGCCCCGAGAUUAUCAGCGAGCUGCAGCAGUACGCGGAGGCGGCAGCUGCCCGGGAGUCCCGGCACAGCUCUCCCAGCACCAACGCAGCGCAAGGCCACCCUGCUCGCACGGACAACGCGCCUGGCUUAGCAGCCCGAGGAGCUGAGCAGCGCGUGGGGAUUCACUGCAUGGCUCCCUCCGUGUCUUCAGCCCUGCCGGCCACCAGCCAGCAGUUCGAUGGCCACUCAGUGUUGGACUUAAGGGGCAACAAGCGCAAGUCGACCUCACCAUCGGCUCCGGAGGAGCAAGCCCGCAGGCAGCAGAAGAAGCGCCAGUUGCCAUCAUCCGUGCAGCCGUACGAACACGGGUACCCCGUCUCUGGUGGGUUCGCCAUGCCUCCUGUCUCUUUAAACCACAACCUAACCCAUCCAUUUGCCUCCCAACCAGGAAACUCCUUGUACAUGGGCACUGGCUCCUCUUAUUACCAGCUGCCCAAUUUACUCCCAGACCCUCAUCUGGUGUUCCCUGUGACUACUGACCCUCUGCUGACAGCCGGCACCGCCAGCUCUUCUGCUGCUACCUCAGCCACCGCCAGCGUCCCCUCAUUCAUGCUAAACCCUUCUCUGACGGGGGUGCUACCCAAUUACUCGCUUCCCUUCACGCAGUCACUCUUGCCCGAGCCCAGGAUGUUUGCUCCUUUCCCAGCCCCCGUCUUGCCUAGCAGCCUUCCCAGGAGCAUGGCAUCUGCCUACCCUGGCUACAUGUCCCCUCACUCGGGCUACCCGGCCGGGGGCCUCCUUCGGUCCCAGGUGCCUCAGUUUGAAUCCCAGGAGGUCCCAGAGGUGGGAUGCAGCUCUAAUGACGAGGACAAAGACGACGAUGUUAUAGAGAUCACAGGGAAAUAAAUGGGCCCAGCUCCUGCUCGGUCUCAGCUCCGCCAGGAGGCAAAAAUUGCAGGACCUUUUUGGGAGUCAGGAUUUCCCCUCUGGGCCACGGCAGUGGGUGGAGAAGGAUGCGAAGGGUGUGGCGUGGGGGUUGUUUUGUUCUUUUCGUUUUGUUUUGUUGUUUUUUAGCUGUCAAGGUCUGAAUUGUAUUAGGGGUUGGGAGAUGGGAGGGGGAUAGAGUGGACCUGCGAGGGCUGGGGGAGCAAGAGCCAGGGGAGGAGGGAAGCAGCAAUGCAAACCAUAGGAGUGCCUCCCUCCCACGCUCUGUCUGUCUGUCUGUCUCUGUUCUCUGUCUUGUCUGGAAGGGGGAGAUUUGGUGUUGCAAGUCACUGCCCUUCUCAGGCCUGGAGGCACGGGCUUGACCGCUGGCAGGGCCGAGCUCCCUCUCACACGAACUGCCUUAUCUGUGAACUUCUCUCACUCCGGGAGGUGUGGG